AUGGAUCAGCGAAUAAGGAGUGUCCCGGAGAUGGAAAGCUUUCUCAGGUGUAGAGAUCUACCUAGUUACUAUAGGGAUAAAGAAGUCAACCGUCGGAAUCUAGAUUUUAUCAAUACUCAAACAUCAUAUUCAAUUAGAGCCACGGCUCACAUACUUAAUACAUUCGAGGAUAUUGAAGCUCCAAUUCUCUCGCAUUUGAGAACUUACUGGCCAAGGCUAUACGCAUUUGGACCUCUUAAUGCCCUGUUGAACACCCUUAGAAGUAGUACUACUGCUCACUUUUCUUCUUCAUUGCCAGUUUCCUCAAAUGCUAGUUUGUAUGCGGAAGAUCGAAGUUGCAUGACUUGGCUUGAUAAACAGCCGCAGAAAUCUGUGGUUUAUGUAAGCUUUGGUAGCAUCGCGACGGUAAGUCAGGAGCAGUGGUUGGAGAUUUGGUAUGGACUAGUCAAUAGUAGUCACAGAUUCUUGUGGGUUAGAUGUCCAAAUUCGCUUUUUAGCAAAGAUGAAGAGGAGAGUCAGUUACAGGCAGAGCUGGUUAAAGCAACAAAAGAGAGAGGUUACAUGGUGGAUUGGUCACCACAGGAGGAGGUGUUGAAUCAUCCAGCUGUUGGUGGCUUUUUUACUCACGGCUGA